ACACCAAAGACGUCUCUGCAAUUUCCACCCAUCGUGUCAACAUAACUUGUCAACAGGAGCGUCAAGGGUAAAAACGAAAGUGAAGAUUUUCUUACCACAGGUUGCCGUUUUAUGUAACAGAUAGUGUAACAUUAAGAAAGAAUUGACUGAACACGCAGAUAUUUGUAUUGGCUUUGGUGAAGAGGAGCACUGACUCGGAAAUGAGUCUUUCUGGGAAUGACAGGGAAGCAGAGAGGAUACAGCAGGACAGAUCAAGCUCUCCUGUAUCCAGCUGUGUGUCCAUGAAGAGUAACUGGUCAAUGGAUCCUCCAAUGAACUUCAGGAAAGGAGACACUCCAUUUGAUGAAAGUAAGAUACAGCAGGAUAGAUCAGACUCACCUGUAUACCGCUCUGUGGACAGUGGAUUUUUCUCCAAUGAUGAAAGUUUUACUCACAGAGAACAACAGCAGAGAUCUGAUUCAGGGAAGCCUGGGAUUCUGUCUGCAAACAGCCAUCAGAUGGAUUUGUCAUCCAUAUUCCAGUCACUUGAGGAAAAUGCAGUGAAAUUCCUGAAGAACAAAUUGAAAAUGUUUAAGAAAUAUCUGAGUCAGGAUUACCCAGCAUGCUGUGAGCCUCAGAUGGAGGAUGACAGUGUGUUGGACAGUGAUGGUAAGAUGCAGAAGAUCUGUGGCAGAGAAGGGGCUCUGAAGAUCACACUCUACAUCCUGAGGACCAUGAAUCAGAUGGAUCUUGCUGACAGGCUGGAGCACAGUAAGAAUUUUGGAUUAUUUAUAUGUCCAUCAUGUUCUAACUGUAUAAGUUUAUUGUGAUUGUUCUUCAUUAUUAUGACGUUGCCUGAUCACCAGUUAAAUUUAAGCAUGACUGAUGCUGAAUAUUAUAAGGAAACAAUGAGUGUAACAUCAACAGUUCAGUGACACCCUCACUCAUCAAGUGGAAUCUUAAACGUAUGAUUCUUUAACAUUAAACUAACCAGGGGUGGCUUUCAUGAAAGCGAUUGAUUAUAGAAAAUAAUGAACAAGAGAACAAAUGUCAUAAGUAAAGAACAACUGAGAUCUAUGUGCGUUUCCCAAAACCCAUCAUUAUUCCUGAAUUAACAAACAAGAGAGAGAUUACUAAGUACUUUGGGCGGAGCUUAGUGGGUGCUUUGAUGAUGCUCCCCAGCCUGACCUGACCUGAUUAUUUCUGUACGUCUUUACGUAAUUUUUAAUUGAUUGAAUACCUGUAACUUGUACGUACAGUACAUGUUUCCUUUACGUAUUUUAUUGAAUUGUACCUUGGUUACAUAUACGACUUCUGUCAAUAAGUUUAUAGUCCCUUCGUUUACUUAUUUUACCUCACUGUAAAUGCAAAAGAAUACGGCAGCCAAUGCCGUGUUCUAUGAAUUAGUAGGGGUAACAUUAGUAUACUGUACUGUACUCUAUUUUUACAUCAAACAUUUGUUUUCUUAAGGUAAUAUAUUAAGCUAACUAUUAAAUGAAGUUAAAGUGCUUGGGGAGCUUGACUGCGGUCAUAUUUAAGUUUUAAACUAUAGAAAUAACCACAUAUUACCAUUUUUAGUGACUACCAAACACUAAAAUUAAUUAAUAAGUUAUUUUCCAUGGGCAUAUAUUUAUUGUUUUUGCAUAUUUAGCUGUUUCUGUGUGUUAUCAAUUGUGAGGAGUCUACAGUAGUUUUUCUGAUAGUGGGUUGUCUGAUGGAUAAGGUUGUGAUAGGGUUACUUGAUUGACUGUAGGAAGUGCCCUUCCAAAUGGUACACAGAAUGACAGUUACAUUAUUAAUUCUAUAGGUGACACUCAAAUGUGGCAUUCAUUAUGACAUACACAGGUGCUCAACAGUAGGCCUGGCUACCUUUUGCUAUUGUAAACAUUUGUGAUCGCAUGGGGGAUGAGGGCGGGGGUGGACGGGGCAGGAUUCAGUGUAUGCUGUUUAUAUUAACUGCUGUGUAACUCAUAUUUAGAUAUUAAGCUGCACUUUUAAAGCUGCACUUAUACUAUGUAUAUGGAUUUAUGUGAAAUCAAUUACAUUUAAAUUCUACUUCCUUAUAUUCAAAGUCAAAUUGUGAUUCAGCACCGUGUUUUCAAUCGAUUUAUGAAUUGAAUUUGAUUUUCAAGUUCAUUCUCAAGUCAAUUCUGAAUGGUGCACAACCCUGUUAUGUACUCAAAUUGCAUACAGGUGUUAAAACAGCGAGCCCCUUUUGCGCUAUUUCAUGGUCUGCAUUGUAGUUGGUAACACUUGAUAAGGGUACAAAUGAUAUACUUAAUGCUAAAAUAAUUCAUGGCUCAUGAUGAUUUAAUGGAGAAAUUAAUACAAGAUGUGUCACGAAUUCCUGUUGCUCACCAUGAACUAAGUCACAAUGACUAUGUGAUUGCGUCACAUUUACUAGAUCAUCAGUUAAGGAGACUUAAUUCAGUCACUUCAUUCAAUAAUUGAUAUGCCACCAAAUGAAUUGUAUUCCAUGUAAUGCAACUUUGAAUACAGUGUGGCACUGUGCUAUUGUACUUACAGACUGGCUGAUCAAAUGCACGGACUCAAAAUGAAACUUUGUGGAUGUAACCUGCAUUGUGUGGAUAAGCAUACUGCUACACUGUAUUUAAAGUUGCAACCUUGGGCAUGGGAGGCAUGGGUGCUAGUUUCUUUCACUAGCAUGUCUGUUAAGGUGUCUGGGAAUGAGGUUUUCCCACUGCAC